GGCGCGGAGCCUGCGGGGCGGCGCGGAGCCGAGCGGCGCGGAGCCGGGCGCGGGGCCCUGCCGGCAGAAGUUCAAGCAGAUGUUCCUUGCUCCUGUCUGCUGACUGUGCCAGGGUGGCUGUGAUUCAACCCAGCUUCCAGGAAUGAGAGGGAGAGGUGGUGAGGUACCUAUCUCAGGGUGAGGCCCCACUGCGGCACCAAUGGACAGUGCAUACUCAGUGGAGCCAGCACCAGACGGUGCCGACUCCACCUCACUGGAUGUGCUCAGCUUCCUUGACACCCUGGCAAACAGCACAGAGGAGCAAUGCUUCAGCGCCCACUCCCGCAGCACUGUCCUGCAAGGCCUGCCCUUCGGCGGUGUGCCCACUGUGCUCGCCAUCAACUUCAUCCUCUGGCUGCUUCUCCUUCUGAUCUUCUCCUGCCUUCGGAAAGCAGCUUGGGACUAUGGGCGCCUGGCACUGCUGAUGGACAAUGAUAGUUUGACAUCGCUUUUCUAUGGCGAGCAGAGUGAGAAAGAGAAGUCCCCAUCUGAGACCAGCCCCCUGGACACAGACAACAAAGAUGUGGGAUUCUGCUCCUGGCUCAUUUCUAUCUAUCAAAUGAAGGAUGAGGAGAUUCAGAGUAAAUGUGGGGUUGAUGCCACCACAUACCUCUCCUUCCAGAGGCAUCUCCUGGUCCUACUCAUGCUGGUCUGUGUGCUCUCCGUGGCUGUUAUCCUGCCCGUCAACUUCUCGGGGGACCUCCUGGGAAGCAAUCCCACCCACUUCGGGCGGACAACCAUCGCCAACAUUCCAACACAGGACCGUCUCCUGUGGCUGCACAGUAUCUUCUCCCUCAUCUAUUUCAUCCUUACCAUCCUCUGCAUGGCUCAUCACUCUGUCCAUCUUGAAUACAGGGAGAACGAGAAGGUCGCCCGGACACUGAUGGUCACCCAGAUUCCGAAGGAGAUAACAGACCCUUCUCUGAUCAUCAAGCAUUUCCACGAGGCCUACCCCAGUUGCACCGUCACCAAUGUCCAGUUCUGCUUCGAUGUGCGCAAGCUGAUGAAGCUGGAUGCAGAGAGGCGCAAGGCAAUGAAGGGGCGACUUUACUUCACCACCAAGGCACAGAAAGAAGGGAAGAUCAUGAUCAAAACCCACCCUUGUGCCCGCAUCUUCUGCUGUCGCAUCUGUGACUUUGAGCAGGUGGAUGCCGAGCAGUACUAUGGGGAGCUGGAAGAGAAACUUACAGACGAGUUCAAUGCCGAGCGCAAUCGCAUCACGCUCAAGCGGCUCAACAUGGCCUUUGUCACCUUCCAGGAUGAGAGGAUGACGGCGGUGAUUUUGAAGGACUACAGUCACAUCCACUGUCGGAAGCACCCCCAGCAAUCCUCUGUGACUACAGUGGUCAAGUCACACCACUGGAGUGUUUGCUAUGCUCCUGCACCCAGUGAUAUCAUCUGGGAGAAUUUAUCAGUCCGUGGCACAUCCUGGUGGGUGCGAUUUAUCCUCCUUAACAUCUGCCUCUUCAUUCUCCUCUUCUUCCUUACCACACCGGCCAUCAUCGUCAACACCAUGGACAUGUUCAAUGUCACACGGCCUGUGGAGAGUCUCAAGAAUCCCAUCAUCACCCAGUUCUUCCCUACGCUGCUGCUCUGGGCCUUCUCCGUCUUCCUACCCUUCAUUGUCUACUACUCUGCAUUCUUCGAGUCGCACUGGACAAGGUCAAGUGAAAAUCAACUCACAAUGCACAAGUGUUUCUUUUUCCUGGUGUUUAUGGUCAUCAUUCUGCCUUCACUGGGGCUGACUAGUUUGGAUCUUUUCUUCCGCUGGCUCUUUGACAUGCACUUUCUGGAUGAGGCUGAUAUCAAGUUCCAGUGUGUUUUCCUCCCUGAUAAUGGCGCUUUCUUUGUCAACUACAUCAUCACCUCCAGCCUGAUCGGGACAGCUAUGGAGCUGCUGCGCAUCCCUGGCCUCCUUGUCUACGCUACUCGGCUCUGCUUCGCCAAAUCCGAGCCCGAACGGCUCCACAUUAAGCGGAGCCAAGCCUACCAGUUCCAGUUUGGGCUGGAGUACGCCUGGACCUGCUGCAUCUUCUCAGUCAUCAUGACCUACAGUAUCACUUGCCCCAUCAUUGUACCCUUUGGUUUGCUCUACAUGCUGCUGAAGCACAUGGUCGACCGGUACAACAUAUAUUAUGUGUACAUCCCCACCAAACUGAACCAGCGCCUCCAUGUUGCUGCUAUCAGCCAGGUCGUGGUGGCCCCUAUCUUCUGCAUGUUCUGGCUGCUCUUCUUCUCCGUCCUGCGCCUCGGUCCCACCCGCCCUGUUACCCUCUUCACUUUCGUGGUCCUUCUUUCUUGCAUCAUCUUUUCCUUCUUCGGCCUCUGCCUGAAGAAGUUGCAGCCACGGAAACCUUCCAGCUACCAGAUGUCCAACCAAUCUGACAGCACCUUCAACGAUACGGAGCGGAGCAGCGUCUCCUCCACGCCCAACUCCAACCUCUUCAUGGCCACAGUCCUGCAGGAGCCCGAGCUGAGCCUGACACCGGCGGCCUCCCCGGCACACCAGUCCUAUGGGACUAUGGGCAACCACCUGGAGCCAGCGGAUGACAGGGAGGAGGGCGGCCUACAGAGCUUCGAGACGGAACUGGAAGCAGUGGAGGGCGAGUACAGGACCGGGCCAGUGAUGGAGAGCCAGGCCCGCUACCAGUGAGCAUCCCCACCACCAGGGCAAGGACUGACGAUGCCCGAGAGUGGAGGAUGUUUGGGAGGAGCAGGAAGAGGCCUUCCCCGCGAGCCCAGGCUCCCACACCACCACAUCAACCUUGCUGCCGCCUCAUGGGCACCAGCACCCGUGGGGCCAGCACUUGCCUACCUGCCCCAGCUCACCAACAGCCCUGUGCAUGGGUGGUGCCAGGGGCCUAGGUCCAGGCGGCAGCAGGACUGAUGUGCGGAGAGUGCCCCAUGUCACCCCAUCCCAAGUGUCUGCACGAGGCAGCAGGAGGCUGCGCACCCUUGCUCUGCAGCCCACCUCCACAGCCCCUGCCCCUGGCAGGGAUCGAGCUUGGUUGCCCCAUGCCCUCUCUUGCCACUUCCUCCAGCCUAUGCAGGGCAGAGGGGUGCAGCAGUGUGUGGAGAGGGUCUCUGUUAAAGGCCACGCUUUGGGGGGGGGGGGAGGGAAGAUGUGUGCCCUGCGAGGAAGGGGAGAUGACCCAGACAGUUCAAGUGAAUGUGUCAGAUGGAGAAGCACAGCCCCACAGGUCCCUAGUGCCACUGGAGACAGCCAUGCUCAGGUGCAGUUGCCAAACCUUUGCUUCUCACUGUGCCCACUUGCUGCUGCCACUGCCCUCAGCGGCUCUUUGCUGCCCCUUGGUGCCCAGUGUGGCCAGGUGCCUGCCCACUGGCUCAGGAGUGCAUCCUCCAUUCUGCCCAUGAGCUGCACGAAGGCUUUGCCAAUUAAAGCAGGGCUUCUGAGACACUUGUGCUUUUGAUUGGAUGAGCGCAUGGGGGUUGAACCCCAGGCCCACACAGGGCUGGGUGAGUUCUGGCCUGGUCUUCCUGAGCCCCAGCGUCCCUUCCUCAAGUCAGACGUGAAAACACGGUCCCAGCUCUUCAAAGGCAGACACCCCACACUGCUGCAGCAGCCAGCAAAGCACUAAUGAUGUCCACAGCCUUGCCCACAGCGCCCACAGCAACCUGCUCUCCUUCCCUUCCCCUCCCAUCCCAUCCCACCUUAUCCCUCUGUAGCUGGAAUGCGCUUGUGCUCUCAAGCCAAAUGUUUGGAGAGAUGGGUAAUGUCAAGGGAAGCAUGUGUUUGAUUACCAUGACAGCAUUUCCUCCUUAGCACCUAUCGUGCCACUGCCCCAGCAGCAGCCCUCUCUGCAUGGUGGUGCUCUCGCCAGGGUUGCUUAGGGACUCCACAUGGCUCCAUCCCACUGCCAGAGAAAUGGGGGCUGGUGGGACCACUACCUCCAGGUUGUGGGUCCUGUCACAGCACUGCAUCCUGCCCUUGCUCCUGGCUGCACUCCAGGAGGCUCUUCUACCACCAUCGCCUCCUCUCAAGUGUAAAUCCUGCUGGGGUCAGCAUGUAUGUGCCUGUUCUUCCCUGCACUGUGUACUUGAGGAUUUCUAGCUCUCCUUCAGCAGCAGCGUAGGCCCCUAGGAUGCAGGCGAUGGAGGUCCUUGUCCUGCUUAGCCCUUCAUCUGCAAGGUUAACCAAACUGAGUGCUACCGGUUCCUUGAUCAAUCUUUUUGUGGCCUCAAGUUUGUGCUGCAUCAAGGCAGUUUGUCAGCAGAGCAAUGCUGGUUUGGGGUGGGGGAAUGUGAAGAGGGGGUGUCUGUCAUAUUGGCUAUUUAAAUCACAAGCUGAUGCUCCAGCCACUUGAGUGGCUCCUUGUGAGCUGGAUGGCAGGCAUGGCUGGACCCCUACCUCCCAGGAUGGCCCCUUCCUCCUAGCCCAGACAUGUGCAGCUGUGCCAGUGAUGCUCCAUGUCCCCUGCAUCACUACCCAGCAAAUGAGCUGAAAGGGAGCAUCUUGCCUUGCACAACUAUUUCUGCCCCUUCCUGCUGAGUGUAUUCUCUCACAAGAAGAGACUUUUGCUCAGUACCUUCCAGCCUGCCUGGUGUACCGGGCGAGCAAAGGCACCCCAAGCUGUUACACCCACAACUGCGGCUUACUGACCUCUCCACUGCUGAGCUCAGCCUCACAACAGGAUCUCCUAACAAUAGAGAAAUUGCAUUGGCUGGCAAGGGCUGUCUCCACUGCCCUGCUGACUUCAAAGCAAUUGCAGUCACCAUCACCUCCCUCCCUGAGUUAUGCAGCGAGGGAAGGAAUGCUACCGCAGCCCUCCUCACACUGAGGCCACCAGUGCAGGAAAUGUUGCAGUGCAAAGGCAGAGGCUCCACCAUUGCAGCUUGCUCAAAACUGGGCCUGGAAGUAACCACUUCUCCCCAUGCAAGAAGGCAGGCUCAGCAGGUUUGUGGCCCAGUACCUGAGAGGAUGCCAGCAGGAGGGACCGAGAUGCCAGGCACCCUAUGGAGACCCUACAACCUCUGUGCUGUGCUAGAGGAGAUGCUGGUACUUCCAACAAGCUCAGGCCUCUCCCUGACGAGUUCCCCAUGGCCACCAGUAGGAAAUGCAAAAGGAAACACUGGAAAUCGUUCUUUUCUAAGAGCUGGACACCUUCCCCUGGCUGCAUCACCCUCUGCCUAGGAGCAGGGCAAUGUUUGGGCUUUCCACUGCAGUGACCUGGUGAGACGCAGCAUCAUAAGGCAAGGUUGAGAGCUGAGCUGGUGCCUGUCCCAUCUGACCAGAUGGCCCAUGACCUUGCCCAGGAUGUGGGUGAGCUAGACUUGGUCUUUCUCCUGCCCAGAAGACUUUGUGCUCAACCACCCUGUCCCCUCAUCACUAGCUAGACCCUAGGCACUGUGGGAAGGGGUGGCACAGGGGGCCCAACCCCCAGCUCGGCUUUGAGGGGGAUGGGGGAGUAGGGCCACCCUGCGCUGCUCGCCCUGCUCAGCGCUGCUGGGGCUGUUGGGAGUGGGAAAUGUGAUGCACAAGUCCUGGGGCAUUAAAAGGCAGCCUAGGUCUCAGUAGGACUCAAGGGCACCCUGACACCAUCCCCAUGGUGGCAGCGGGUCCCAGCUGUCCACGCCGGCAUCCCUCCCCCACCACACUCGCACCCGCACGCGCAGGCCGGUGGCUCCGGCAUGCUUGACGCUGUGGUUGCCUUGGCAGGGCCCCUUGCACCACCGCAGCCCUCAAAGCACUGCCCGGACUGCACCUCUCGGCGGGGCGCGCGGCUCCCCGCUCGGGCGCCAGCGCCGCCACCCGUCCGCGGUGCAGGCAGCCAGGGUCUCAGCCAGCGCCCUUGCUGUCCACGCCUGGAGCAGGCGCCCGGCCGAGGCCGGCGGGACGCGUGCGGCCCCUGCCAGAAACCCUGAGGGCUCUGCCCAGCACGGGAGCAAGUGCCUGCGAGUAGCACCGUGUCCUUGGGCUCGCUGCAUCCUGGCCUGACUUGCCCUUGGCUGCCACGCUGUAGGAACGUGCCAGAGGUCUGUACCUUCUUGUUAUUUAUUGCUAUGACCGUGCCUUGAAUAAAAUGACUUCACCUA